AUGUGUCACAUGGUGUCCAGCUGCAAGUGGCAGCAAGCAGAAGCUGAAGAAGUCAUUCAGCAGGGUGACAGAUGUCGAGGUGUGGGAGACCUGUCUGUGGUGGUCCUAAGAGCAUCAACCAAGUUUUAUUGGAAAUUUGUACCUUUCCUUUUCACCAUUGAGGGCAUCAACCAGAAGGGCCACCUCUUACCCAACAUCACAUUGGGUUAUAGUAUCUAUGAAAAAUUUUUCAAGAUAGAAAUGACUACAGAUCCUUUAUUGGACCUGCUCUCAGAUGGGGUGGCCAAUGUGCCCAAUUACAGGUGUGGAAGACAGAAAAACACAGUGGCUGUUCUGGAAGAGUCUGAGGCUGGCAUCUCCAUCCAGAUUUCUACCAUGUUGAGUACCUACAAAGUCCCUCAGAGAUCAGUGAAGAACAGAGAUAUGAAGAUGGAAGCUCCAAAGCUGAAGGCUUGGCAGCUUCACCCCUUCCUUCAAAGCUCCCAGUUUUACAAUAAUUCCAUAGAAGGGGUAUAUUUGGAUGAGAAAGGAGAUCUUACAGCUGACCUGGACAUUGUGAACUGGAUUGUUUCCCCAAAUAAUUCUGUCAAGAGAUUGAAGUCUGGGACUCUAGAAAAACAGGAAUCCCAGGAUUUUAAAUUAUCCAUUGACCUGAAGAGUAUUGCACAGGUGGAAGUGCUAAGCAAGAGAACCACGAACAAUAAUCUUCAAUUUUCAUACAAACUAUUCACUGAGUCUAUGCCCUUGCCUCCUUCUACAUGUGUGGAAAGCUGCCAGCCUGGAUUCAUGAAGGUGGCUCAGGAAGAGAAGCCCAUCUGCUGCUAUGACUGUCAUCCUUGUGCAGAAGGAACCAUCUCCACCAUGGAAGAUGCUGAAAAAUGCAUAAAAUGUACAGUAGAUCAGCAUCCAAACAUUAACCAAGAUGAAUGUAUACCUAAGACUGAAACUUUCCUAUCCUAUCGAGAAAAUUUGGGGAUCAUUCUAGCUUCCGUUGCAAUGUUCCUGUGUUUAGUAACAUCUUUUGUCUUGGGAAUCUUCAUUAAAUGGCGAGAAACACCCAUAGUCAAAGCCAACAAUCGGGACCUUUCCUACAUCCUCCUGGUCUCCCUCCUGCUUUCAUUCUUGACAUCGUUCUUAUUCAUUGGCCAGCCAAGAAGAGCCACUUGCCUUCUCCAACAAACAACCUUUAGCAACAUUUUCUCAGUUGCCAUUUCUACAGUCUUGGCCAAAACAGUCACUGUUGUAUUAGCAUUCUUUGCCACAAAACCAGGGAAUAAUUUACAGAGAUGGCUAGGGAAGACCUUGGCCAAUUCUAUCAUCCUUUCAUGUUCUGGUUUCCAAGUUGUCCUCUGCAGCAUCUGGUUGGACACUUCUCCCCCAUUCCCUGAGUCAGACAUGCACUCACAAUCUGCAGAGAUCAUCCUGCAAUGCAAUCAAGGCUCUGUUGCCAUGUUCUACCUUGCCCUUGGCUACAUGGGUUUCCUGGCUAUUAUCUGCCUCACAGUGGCUUUCCUGGCCAGGAAUCUCCCUGGGGCUUUCAAUGAAGCCAAGCUCAUCACUUUCAGCAUGCUGGUCUUCUGCAGCGUCUGGAUCUCCUUUGUACCUACCUAUAUGAGCACCAAAGGGAAGUAUACAGUGGCUGUGCAGAUCUUCUCCAUCUUGGCCUCAAGUACUGGCAUGCUAUGCUGCAUCUUCAUCCCCAAAUGCUACAUUGUUUUUUUA